AUGUUUAUCGCAGCCGCUGUUAUUUCUAUUUUUAUUAUUUUUUGUUUUUUAGAUAUUAUUACAUCUCCCAAAUAUCCAUCAGGACCUACAAGAGUUCCUUUGCUUGGCAACUAUCUAGAAAUUCGAAAGCUCAAGAAUAAAUUAGGAUUCUAUCACUUGGUUUGGGAUAAGUUGGCCAAAUGUUAUGGUCAAGUGUUUUCUGUAAAAUUUGGACCAAUGGAAGCCAUAGUAGUUUCUGGCUAUGACGCAGUACGACAAGUAUUGUGCAAAGACGACUUUGAUGGCCAAGCAAAUGGAUUUUUUUUCAGAACCAAAGCUUUUUAUAAGAGAUUAGGCAUAGCAUUUGUUGAUGGUCCAAUGUGGACUGCACAGAGAAAAUUUUGCAUGCAACAUUUACGAAAAUUGGGAUUAGAUGGUAAUGCAAUGGAAAAAAUUAUAAUUGAAGAAGUUAACGAUUUCGUAUUAGACAUAACAAGAAGAUAUGAGAGUGGCAAAUCAAUUGAAGUGUAUGGUUUGUUUGAAGUAUCAGUUUUAAACGGUCUUUGGGCAAUGUUAGCCGGUGACAGAUUUUCUUUGGAUGAUUCUAGACUUGCAAGAAUUGUAGAACUAGUGCAUGAAAGUCUCAGAAUGUUAGAUAUGCCAGGAGGGAUAUUAAAUCAGUUGCCAUUCAUUCGGUAUCUUGCCCCCAAAUUCUCUGGAAAAAAAUACCUCAAACAAAUAAUAAAUGAAUUAUAUAUACUAUUAAAAGAAUCAGCAGAAGAACACAAAUGCAAGGAAAAUGAUCAGAAAGACUUUAUAAAUGCAUUUUUAAUGGAAAUUAAGAAAAAUAAAGAAUCUCUAGGGUCGUUUUCAGAAGAACAGCUUGUUGUAAUAUUAUUGGAUUUAUUUUUAGCUGGCUCAGAAACCACAAGCAUCACGUUAUCAUCAGUAAUUUUACAUCUCAGUAAAAAUCAAGAUGUUCAAACCAAAGUGCAUGCAGAGUUGGAUUUGGUAAUUGGAGAUCGAGAAAUCUAUCCUUCAGAUAAAAAAAAGUUGAAUUAUCUUGAAGCCGUAUUGAUGGAGGUUCAGAGACAUAGUAACGUGGUUCCGUUAGCAAUCGCUACUAAAAGAACUAUUCAAAAAACUCGCCUACAAAAAUACAUAAUACCAAAAGAUACAUUAGUAAUGGCGAGUAUAUGGAGUGUUCAUAUGGAUGAGCAGCAUUGGGGUGAUCCUGAAGUAUUUCGUCCGGAAAGAUUCUUGGACAGUACAGGGAAGAUUAUAGAUGAUAGUUGGUUUAUGCCAUUCGGUGUUGGUAGACGAAGGUGCCUUGGCGAAAAUUUGGCUAAGAUGUAUAUAUUUACUUUCAUUGCAAAAUUGAUCCAAAAUUUUGAGAUACUAAUUCCACACGAAGUCCAAUUGCCAGAUAAGCCUCAAAAUGAUAUAAAAAUGUCUCAAUCUCCAGUAUUUGCUUUUUUUAUACCUAGACGUUGUUUAAAAUUAACAAAAUUACCUACAAUGAAUGGACCAUCGCCAAAUCUAUUUCACAGCAAAAAUUUUGAAAUCUGUCGGAUUUGUAUGCGUAAACCAGAAUCCGACCCAAAUGUUGUUUAUACUAAUAUUUUUGGAAGUACAAUAAAAGGUUUUCAGUUAAAAGAUCUGAUUCUUAAAUGUUUGGGUGUUGAAGUAAAUAAAGAUGACAAUAAACCCAAAAUUAUUUGCAUAAAAUGUCUUAAAAAGGUUAGAAAAUGGACUAGAAUCAAGCGAAAAGCUGAUAAAUCUCAACAUGCAAUCGAUUGCAUUGCAACAAAAAAGCUUGAACAACUUACUGAGGAUAAAAUGGAAAUAGAUUGUGAUAAUAUGAGCUCGGAUGCAGUAGAAAAAUCGAAAACAUUUGAUGAUUCAGAUAUAGAUGGCAAAAGUUAUAAUGCAAAUGAAAUAAAAUUUAAUGAAGAAAAAUCUGGUAAUCAACUCGCACAAUAUUCACAAAACUCUACAGAAGGAAAUGUGGAAAUUGAACUUAAUAAAUCUCAGACUACAAUCUAUCAACGGCCUUUGAUAACACGUCUUAAACCGUGUCCCUUGGUGAUUCCAUUGAACAAUAAUCAGAGGACAUCACUACCUGAUUUUAAAAGUGUUCAGUAUAGACAAUUUUGA